AUGUUUAAAAACACAAAACCAUUGUCUCUUGUUGAACAAAAACAGUUAUCUAAAUCUAUUGAAGCGUAUCAACAAGGAGUUAUGAUAUACUUACUUGUUAAAAGUGGAUUUGAAGUACGAGUAAAACGAUUAGAUAAGAGUGCAAAGAAGACAAUUCAAAAUUAUCCCAUUGUUUCAUUAAAAAAUUGUAAAACUGAAGAGAUUAUUCCUUUUCAACAAAAGGUUGAAGAAGAAGCAAGUUUUGCACGUAAUAGAGAAGAAAAAGAACAACCCUCAGAUCAAAUACAACGGCAUUAUGAAAGGAACAAAGUAACAAUUGCAUGUAAUCGAACUAUAGAAUUUGUAGAACAGUUAGGAUUUACUAUAGAACAACGAGGAACAAGAUCAACAAAAUAUACUGUAAAAUUAAAGAAAUUUUCACAAGUUAUUGGCAAUGGAAUUAAAAUAAGAAAAGAAGAUAUUUUUACUAUUGGAGGAAGUGUUAUGAAAUACAUUAAAGAUACUUUUGGAAAAAAUGAAGAAAAUACUGUUGGAGUAGAUUUAUUAAAUUCAUUAAUAAUUCCAAAAGUGAAUAUUGAUGAUAUUAAACAAGAAACAGAAGACGAUACUAUCACUCACAACGAAAAACUUAUUAAUUAUGAAGAACAUAAAGAAAAAGAAAGUGUUGCUGAAAGUCAAGAAAUAAAUAAAGAAAAUAAAAGUUUUAAUAAAUGUGAAAUUGUUGAUGAAUUUGAUUUAGGAAUAGAUAUUCCUAAUGAAUUUAUUAUCAAAGAAAAAAAGGAUUUAACAUCAGAAAUAACUGGAAGUAUUGUUCAUUCAUAUGACCCUAUCUUUUCAUUUUAUACUCCAAAUGAUAUAAAUUCAAAAUGGGCUAAAAAAUAA